AUUUUCCUCAAUUUAUUUCAUCCAUUUUCGUUCCUUCAACCACUUCACUAAAUUCUCUCCUGCGCAUUGCAUUCGCCAUUAAUCCAGACAUUGAUUGACUGAUUAAUUUCAAGAUAAAAUGAGUCAUGAGAAGUCUAAUCAAGCCUUGGCUGGAGUUCAUGGAGUGCAAUUGGUUUCUCACUCACCAUUUUCAUUUCAAGAAGUAACCAAACAUGGUGACAUAGCCUGUGGAGCCUCUAACACCGGCAGCAGCAGCAACCAACGACGAAUCGUGCAGAAAGUUUGGCAAGAAAGACCUGCUUGUUUGAGGCCAAUCCAUUGUAUUCAUAUUGGUGAUCAACAUUUAGCCGAAACUGUGGCUAAUGUCCUUACUUCACUUCCUUUUAUUGCCAUUGGUCUCCAAGCCCCAAGGAAGAAUGUCAACUGUAAAAUAUACGCGAAUUCAUUGAUUGGAGUAGGACUUGCAUCGAGUUUGUACCAUUCUUCGAGAGGCAGGUUGAGGAAGUAUCUCAGAUGGGCUGACUACACUAUGAUCGCAACAGCCACCGUUUGUUUAUCGAGAGCUCUGAGGAACGAGAACCCCAAGCUGUUGAUGACAGCAUCAGCUUUGUUUCUGCCUAUACAACCCCUCAUGGUUUCAGCUGUCCACACAGGGAUUAUGGAGGUUGCAUUUGCUAAGAGGGCAUUUGAGGAUCCAGAUUUGAGAGUGGCUCAUAAUGUGCAUAAGAUGUCGUCGUUGUUAGGAGGGGCGUUCUUCGUGGCAGACGACCUGCUCCCCCGGACUCCGUUUCUGCAUGCUGCUUGGCACCUUGCUGCUGCUGUUGGAGUCACCACUUGCAACAAGCUCUUAGACUAAUGUAAACAUCACCUGCAUUCAUUUGUUGCUUAAUUUUAGCUAAAUAAGCUAGGUAGAAUUGAAUAAUAUCACAAUCAAUCUCAAGUGUAUUUUACUUAGUUCCAAAUGGAAUAACAGUAUUUUAAAUAUAACUUGAUGCA